AUGAGUGAGAAACAGCUGGUUACAAGCCCCCGCCGGGACAUUUCUGGGGCGGAGCCAGGCUGGUGGCUCUCCUCCCCGGCCCGGCCCCGCUGCCCGGGCGAGGGGCAGCUCCGAGCAGCCGCGGCUCCGAGGCGCCUCCAGCUCGUCCCCGGGGCCGGCGGGCGGGCGCUUCUCCCGGGGCCGCCGCUGGGUCACGGGCCGCCCGGGCGGGCGAGAAGCCGGGUCCGGGGCCAGGACAGCGCCCCGAGCCCGCCAGGCCCACAGACAGGCCGCGGGCUGGCGCCCCUUGAACCACCAUUCCUGCCUCCAGCCAAGCCACAGCCCCGGCUCCUCCCCCGGAAGCAGCGGAGCCGGGAUACGGGCCAAUGGCGGGGCUGGACGAGGAGGGCGAGGUCCGAAUCUUCUGCGAAACAAGCCGGCUGUCGCGCAGCUGGGCCGUGGGGGACGCGCAGGCGCUGCAGAGCUGUGAGCUGUUGCCGGGGCCCCGCGGGCGAGGAGCGUCCCGAAGGGAAUUUCCCUGGAAAAGGGGGGGCAAAAUAUGACCUGCGCUUACCUAAAUAUGUGUGCUGCGGUUCCUGGAGACUGCAUGUCUUUGAGACAUUGGAUCUGUGUCAAGAAAUCCACUUGAGCUUUCCCAGUCAGCAGAGCACAGCUUGUUCAAGUGCCAAAGGAAACCUCCCCAACCUAUGCAAAUUGUUACGUAGCUGCAUGGCCAUCUAGACUUGCUGUUUCGGUGGCACUGGAGUGGCCAAGGGAUUUCCAACUGGCACAGCCCUGUCACCUUUAACAUUGCUUAGGUUUAGAGGAAAGCAAACUGUAAAUUGGCAAUCUUAAUUCCUUGCUUUGGCUGCGUACCAAAUCACCUUCAGAAACCCCUGCCACACUGCUUGGAGAGGUUAACUUUUAAUAGUUAGAGUACAACAGGACUGAUACAUUUCCACGAUAACCAAACGGAGCUAAUCUGUAAAAAUAUGCAAAAUAUGCUCGUUCUCACACACAAGAAUUUCUAGAGUUUUCAUAUCUGAAACGUUAUUCUGGACACUGAAACAAUAGAAAAGUUAAGGUAGCAAGGCUCUGUGGUGAUGGUGAGGAUCUGUGGGAACUGUUUCCUUUUUCUUAUCAAACAAUUUCAUUUUAUUCAAUUUGUGAUUUCUUGUCUUUAGCAAUGGGCCACUACUUCAGAAGCAUUAGUAAUGAUGCUGGUGCAGAAAGGUGGGAAGAAACCAAACAGAGAACUCCCAACUUUGCUUUCUGUUCCAUGGGCUUCAGCUGUAUUCUGGACUGUUAAAUGUCCGACUUGAACACUUUUUAAUAUUUGGAAAAAGACUUGUUUCACAUGUUGUGGAAAACCACCGAUUUUAGAUUAAGAGAAUUUUUAAGAUUUGUUAUAUAUAUAUUUUUUAAAGUGUAAACCUCGAUGUUCCUAUUUUUAUGUUAAUGUUCUGUACUUUUUAUGGUGAAUGGCCAAAGUGGAUGUUUUGUGCUUUGAUUUAUCUGUUUUCUAUGUUAGAUUUGUUUCUCCUGCAAGAAACUCAAAACUACUAAAAAGUUCCCCACUUCAUGCCUGUUUUUGCUGCUAAAGACAAGUCUGAGGCCCAGCAGUAUCCUCCCUGGGAGGACACCUUUCUUGGUAACACAGGAACAAUCUUAGCAAUGGUCCACAUCACUACAUCAGAAGCAUUAAUGAUGAUGCCAGUACAGAACAGUGGGAAGAAACCAAAUGGAGAACUCCCAACUUUGCUUUCUGUUCCAUGGGCUUCAGCUGUAUUCUGGACUGUUACAUGUCAGACUUGAACACUUUAAUACCUGGAAAAAGACUUGCUUCACAUGUUGAAAAGCAUCUAUUUUAGAUAAAAAGUAAGAUUUGUUUUGUUUUAAAAAGUGUAAACCUUGAUGUUCCUAUGUUUAUGUUAAUGUUUUGUACUUUUUAUGUUAAAGGCCCAAGGUGGCUGUUUUGUGCUUUGUUUAUUUUCUGUUUUCUAGAUGUUAGAUUUGUUUCUCCUGCCAGGAACUCGAAGCUACUAAAAUGUUCCCCACUUAAUGACUGUUUUUGCUGCUAAAGACAAGUCUGAGACUCAGUAGCAUAAUCCCUGGGAGGACUCCUUUCUUGGUAACACAGAAACAACCUUGUUAUGAAGCAGUAAUGCUUAUGCCAGGGUGAGGACAGAAGUUGAAAUAAAAAAAAAAAGUUUUAUUAUUUCAGCACA